AUGUAUAGUUUAAAAAAGAAUAAAUUUGUAGUUUUAUUGUUAUUAUUUGUAUUAUUAGUAGAUUGUGGUGUUUAUUCGGUUAGUGUUAAACAAAGAGAGAGCAAAGAGAACAAAGAGAACAAAGAGAAUAAAGAUGAUAAAGUCGAACUUUGUAAAUUUCUAGUUGGAUAUAUUAAGGGUCUUGACAAUUCAGAGGAUGGCAAAGUCAUUGAACGUCAACAGAUCAAACAGGAACUCAAUGAAGUCUGUCACUUCAUGCCAGAUCAAAUGAGUGAAGUUUGUUAUAACAUGUUAUCGAAAUCCGACUUUUCGAUAGUUGAAGACAUUCUAGAUAGAAAGUUAUCGUCCAAUGACAUUUGUGAUAAUAGUGAUAAAUCAUUAAAAAUUAAACAACCACAACAACAAAAACCACAACUACCAAAAAAACCAAAACAACAACAACAUCAAAUUAUAAAUAGAAUUUCAACAGAUAGAUUGGAAUGUAAUCUUUGUAAUUUCUUGGUCAGUCAAAUAGAAGGAUAUAUUCAGAAGAAUCAAACCGAAGAGGAGAUCAUUGCUGAUCUCGAACAGAGUUGUAAUAUUCUUGGAUCAAUGUCCACCGAUUGCAAAGAGCUGGUAGCCGACUACAUGCCCGAGGCAAUCAAAAGAAUAAUGAAUAAAGAGAGUCCAGAUGUUGUUUGUACUGAAAUUGGAAUUUGUACACCAACAACUACUACCACAACAACUAGCAGUUCUUCAACUACAGGCGGAUCCAACCCAACAUCCAAGUCACACUCUGGAUUCGAGUGUCCAUCAUGUGAAUACCUGGCAGGUCAAGUCAUCACCUACUUAAAAGAGAAUCAAUCGAUAUCGACAAUGCUACAGGAGUUGAAUACCGAUUGUCAGGUUUUCAGAGAUCAAUCUUGGAUUCAUAUCUGUCAAAAAGUUGUUGCUGAACACGGAGAAGAGUUGAUUAGAGAUGUAAGAAUUUCCAAAAGUCCGUCAGAGGCGUGUAAAAUGGUAGGAAUAUGUGGUUCAACAACUUCAUCAUCAUCGUCAUCGUCGUCAUCCUCGACAUCCAACAGCGGAUAUAGUAGUGGUGGUUCGACAGCAACUUCAGGAACUUCAGGUACAUCCGCCUCUGGAAGCGGUGGUGGAUAUCUCUCCGGAAGUGGUAGUAGUGGAAGCAGCAACAGUGCAAGUUCAGGUGACAGUGGAACUGGUUAUGCCUAUCGCAUGACCAUCAACUAA